AUGUCCACGAGGACGAAACAGAAGACGGGCUCACCGAACGAGCAUGAACUACAACGGUUCAACACACCUUCAGACGUCGAGGGACAGGUCUCUCACCCCGCGAGUGAAGAUGGUUUCGGCAACGUAGAGGGUGCCGAGAUUCAAUACAAGACAUGUGUAUGGUGGCACACAGGUGUUUUGAUGCUCGCCGAAAACGUUUCUCUCGGCGUGCUUGCAUUGCCACAAGCGCUUGCGGUAUUGGGCAUCAUCCCAAGCCUCCUGUGUAUCUGCUUCCUCGGCGUCAUCGCGACCUACACCGGGUGGCUCAUCGGCGAGUUCAAGCUUGCGUAUCCUCAAGUACAGUCUUUUCCCGAUUGCGGAGAGCUCAUCGCAGGGCACAUUGGAAGAGAGGUCAUGGCUGCGGGCUCAGUCCUCAUCCUCAUCUUCAUCAGCGGUGCGCAUAUUCUCACCUUCACUGUCGCUAUGAACGCAUUGACAGAACAUGGUACUUGUACACUCAUCUUUGCUAUUGUUGGUCUGAUCUUCUGCUUCGUACUCGGUCUGCCAAGGACGUUCAAGAACGUGAGCAAGCUGUCCAUUCUCUCCUGCGCAAGCAUCAUUGUUGCAGUAUUCGUUGCAAUGAUUGGAAUCAGCAUCUCCAAGCCAGAUGCAGGCCACAUUCUUGCUGUGCGCCCCGGUAUCCCCUUCGUUAAGGGCUUGGGACCAGUUCUGAACAUUAUCUUGGCUUAUACUGGUCACGUUGCCUUCAUCUCUUUCCAAUCUGAGCUGGCGGAUCCAAGAGAAUUCAAGAAGGCACUCUUUUUUGAGCAAGGUAUCACGAUUACGUUUUACAUGACGAUCUCAACAGUCAUCUACUACUACGCUGGUCCACUUGUCACAUCCCCUGCCCUUGGCUCAGCAAGCCCGGUCGUGACUAAAGUCGCUUUUGGCUUUGCCAUCCCUACCAUUAUUAUCGCUGGUGUAGUCAACGGAUCUGUGGCCUGCAAGUAUAUCUAUAUUCGAAUGUGGAAGGGUACAAAUGUUGUCCACCAGAAGACCAUAAAGAGUUUGGGCAGCUGGUACAGUAUUUGCGCCGCCUUUUGGCUGGUUGCUUGGAUUCUCGCUGAGUCGGUCCCAAACUUCAACCUUCUUCUUGGACUCAUCGCUGCCCUCUUUGGUUCCUGGUUUAGCUAUGCACUUCCCAUGGUCAUGUGGUUCUACCAACACAAAGGGUCCUGGCUGAAAAACAGGCGUAUGGCUAUGUGGUCAGCUUUGAAUGCUUUCCUUUUCUGUGUAGGCGUUGCAAUAUUCGCUCUCGGCAUGUGGGCCUCCGGACAUGAGCUGCACAACGGCUCUGGGGGCAAGGUGUUCUCGUGCGCCAACAACUGGUCUCCAGUGAGUGCGGCGUUCGAUAGGAGUGAUGAUCGGGAUAUACCUCCGUUAUCAGCGUAA